AUGAACUUUCAGAAAGCUGGAAAAGUUCUCGCAGAAGUAUGGGAUAAUAUGGUUAUCGAUGGCCAUGACAUCAUAGCAGAGUAUGUCGAGCCCGAUGACAGUUCUGAAAGCUUUAUUCCAGACCUGCCUUCUCCGCAGUGGUAUAGCGAGCAUGUGCGAGAGAGCCAGUAUUUGCUUCAGGUGGUGAAGUGUGAUGACCGCGCUUGCUGUGGACAUAUGCGGAGUUCUCUUCGAUCUAUUCUUUCGGAGCGCUUCGUUAUACCGCCCUUACCCGAUUUCGCAGUCGUCAAGUGGUCUAUAUAUUCCGAAGCCUCAAGGGUGUGA